AUGUCCGCCUACCGUCGCGAAGAGGAGCGUGUGGCCAAAGCACGUAAGGGUGCUGCCGCCGCGAGAGACCGGCUGGCUGAACGGGAGCGACAGGUGCUGCAGACGGAGCGGCAGUUAGAGCGUCGAUCGACUUCCUCCGCCGAUGCCAGCCGUCGUCGUUCCACUACUGGUAGCGCUGACGCCUGCCUGAGAGAGGCCCUGCAGACCUCCAGCACAGAGCUUACCGAGGUGCGGGCAAAGGAGGCAGCUCUGGUGGAAGAAGUCGGCAAACUUCGCUCAACCCUCUCGGAGGCUAAGUCGUCUUUUCAGGCAAGACAAAGCACUUUCCCCCUUUACCCGUCCAUUGUUCGCAAUUUUACCUUAAGUGUAUCAUAUAAAGGGAUCUUGUUGUCUGAUCGUUGACUAUCUACUGGUCUGUCCUGCACGGACCAGGUGUGUGUGUGUGUGGCACGCCUAGUUGAGUUGUUUAGCUACGUCUCUGUCUUGUCAGCAGGCUCAGAUAAGGUGAAUGCGGGUCAAGUUUUCUAUCAUUGUAAAAUAGUUCAUGUGCAAGUCACCGUUCCUGCAUACAGCAUCCUGUGAGGCACGGGGUGGACGGGUAGCGACGGUAUUUUCCAUCUUCUUUUUCUCCUCCCCUCUCCCUCCUCCUCAUCAUUACACGUUUCCAGGUAUGUUUUCUUCGCGCUACUACCGCCUUUAGCAGUAAGGAAACUGUUUGCUUGAUAACGCUGGACCUUCUGUCUCAUCAGCAGUGAAUUUUAAGCGUUAUGACAAAACCCGUCAUCAGUAGAGACGGCAUUCUUCCUCCUUCUCGCUUCGUUUUUCCCCCCUCUCCCCUCACCCUCCGCCUCCUCCCCUCCUGCUCAUCAUCAUAGUCGUCGUCUUUCCUUUCCCGUUUUCUUCCUUUCAUGUUCUUAUUUUUUUGUCUUCCUCGUUUCUUCCUCCUUCGCUCGUCUUCCCCUUCUCCCUCCCUCCCUCCCUCCCCCCUCCCUCGCUCUACUUUCCUCCUCCUCCUCCUC